AUGUGCAGAGAGCCAGUCGUGGGCCAUGGAUGGCCCAUGGGUGUGUAUCUUGGAAGCUCCUACGGAUUUGCAGCGCUAUGCCAUGCCAUGGUCAAUGAUCCAUCGAAAGGCCCUUUGGUUUUGCAUGGGUACGGCGUGGGAUGCACAGCAACGCCAACGCCAACGACAGGUGCAUGGGGAGUGGUCGGAAUGGGAGUUGGAGAUGGGAGAUGGUCAAGAUCCAUUGGAACGGAGACACGGUAUCUGCCGCUUUGUACCGCGGUAAGGUACCGCAGUUGCAGUCGCGAAAGGAAGUUUUGGUUGUGGGUUACAGCCAGGUCCUUCGAGGUGAUCCUGAUGCUUGGGUAA